UAAGAAUUAUUUCACCGAGGAAUCAACACGAAGGGUCCUUAGAAAACUAUUUUCUACCAAAUCGUAAUACAACGAUUCGUCGGCGCACCCAAAAAAAAAAAAAAAAAAGAUUAACUAAUGAAAAUAAAAGAGGAAAAAUAAUCUAUUCUUCUUUGAUUUAUGCUUCACUAAGCUAUACUUCUAUAUCUAUCUCAUCCUUGUCUCUUCACCCUCGAGUGAAACUUUUUGAGCAAUCCGAGUUUAAAUAAAAUAAGCUUGGAUACAAGGUUUCCUCCUCCGUGAUAUGAUAGAAAGUUAUUGUCCGAACCAGAUAAAGGAUGGGACUUGUUGUUCCGAUUUUCGAGCAAUUUCAAUUUUGACAGGAACCAAAAAAUGAUGAAUCGCUCUUAGUUUAUGGAAACCUUUUUCCAGUUUUCGGGAGAUGUUAGUCAUAGCAAGACCCUCAAAACUGUUACGAAGAAAAUCCAAUUCAUUUAUUCUCUUUAAAAUCCUCCUAUGCCAACUACGGAUGAAUACUCAGUAUCAUUUAAUGGACUCUGACUUACUCUACUCGAUUAGCCUUACCUAGUACUUUACUGUUCAGUGCAAAUCCCCCACUUAGUACUUUGGUGGUUCUGGACGAAGGCAUAUAAUGUACUCUUACGCAGUGCAAUUUGAAACUGUCGUUUUCGUUAUAGUUUACUUGCAUAGGACGUUACGAGACUGCAAAUAAAGUUACCGAACUAAUGACAUCGUAUGCUGACAUUCGCUAUCAUUGAGAAAAAAACAAGUCAAAAUGAGCUAAGAUGAGCUUAAAGCAGUCGCCUAGCAUAACGAGGUUGGUUUAUUUCGUUUAUGCACUACCCUUACCAAUAUUGAAUAAAACCAGUGAUUAGCAGCUACCUACAACCAGAAUUGAAGCAUAUUAAAGAACAGCAUUUUUUAGAGAAAACAGCGUAUAUUACUUCGAAUGCAAUAAAGGAUCUAAAGAUUAGAACAUAGAAUUGCAUACUUUGAUCUGGAAAGAACAAUUGCUUCAUUUAGAAAUUGGCGACUUCAGUUUCGGCUAUGGAAGAAUCGGGACGACGACUCCAGCAACGCAGUGCUGAAGAUAGAAGCUCAAAUGAUUCGCAUCGACCGCGUAGGGGCAGUGUUUAUCAAGACAAUGUAGGCUCCUCGUCGAAUCCUGGGACAAGCACUGGAUCCAACAAUGAAGGCACAGGAUUGAAGAUGGACAGCGCAUCAAGUGUUGAUCAAACCAAUCCACAGGUUUCAUCAAAUAGAAAACGGAUCCGUAGUAAUGAUGGCGAUAGGUUUAUUCCGACUCGGGGGUCUGGCUCUACUGAAUUAUGGUCGAACUUCUCCACCUUUGAGCCGCCGCAGACGCCCGGCAAGAAUCGAGCAUCUUUGGCAGACAGUAAUUUUACAAAUUUAUUACAUUCAGAGCUAUUUGGAGAUUUUGAUUCUUCGCCUUCGUCUGUUCCAAUGGUCAAGACUCCUAGUAGCGCAUCAAAUAUGAAUUCGUCUAUGCCGAACUAUGAUACUGGUCCUCGAGGCGUAACUGUACAAACACCUCCAUCCUCUACAUUUUCCUCCUCUUCUUCUGCCUUACAAACGACUCCCAUCACUCCGUCCAGAAAAGUAUUUCAGUUCAUGUCUCCGCGGGAUCGGAAUAAUUCGCCGUAUAAGAAAAAGUUGCUUUUUCAAGAUGAUCCCAACCGUACAAAAUAUUCUUUAUCACCCGUUCGAUCUUUGACCCGAGAUUUCAUUGCUGCUGGACAGCAAGAAAAACGAAAACUUCCAACUUUUCCUUACAAAGUGUUAGAUGCUCCUAACCUCGCUGACGAUUAUUAUCUAAAUCUUCUUGACUGGGGCCAAUGUAAUAUUUUAGCUAUAGCUUUGGGUUCACGAGUGUACCUUUGGUCUCCUGUCACUAGUGAAGUAAAAGUCAUGCACAAUUUUUGGCCGUCCGAUACAGUAACUUCUUUGAAGUGGGUCCAACGGGGAACGCACCUUGCCGUUGGUACUAAUAAUGGACUUGUAGAAAUUUGGGACGCUGAAGCAUGUAAGAAGGUUCGGACUAUGGCAGGUCAUAGUCUCCGCGUUGGUGCUCUUGCUUGGAAUGAUCAUGUCCUUAGUAGUGGUGGACGUGAUAAUAGUAUAUUACACCGUGAUGUUAGGGAAUCCGAACAUUACUUUCGAACACUUCGAUCUCAUCGUCAAGAGAUUUGUAAUUUGGAUUGGAGCUCGUCGGACAAUCAACUAGCUUCAGGUGGAAACGACAAUGCCUUGUAUGUCUGGGACAAAUUUAGCGAUGUUCCAUUAUAUUCGUUUCAUGAUCAUUCAGCCGCUGUUAGGGCUUUGAGUUGGAGUACUCAUCAACGAGGAAUUUUAGCCUCGGGUGGUGGUACUGCUGAUCAGACCAUUAAAAUCUGGAAUACUCAUAGAGGUUCGCUGAUACAUGAUAUCAACACAGGAUCUCAGGUUUGUAGUCUUCAGUGGUCAAAAUUAACAAAUGAAAUUGUAUCCACACACGGUUUCGUUGAAAACGAAAUUGCUAUAUGGAACUACCCAAAAGUUUCGCGGGUUGGUACUUUAAAGGGACAUACAAAUCGUGUGUUAUUCUUGUCUAUGUCUCCAGACGGUGAAAAUAUUGUUACCGGUGCUGCUGAUGAGACCUUGCGCUUUUGGAAACUGUUUGAUUCAAAAGCGAACAUGUCAUACAGAGGCUCGCCUUUCGAUCCUAUCAUGAAAAUUCGUUAAAGCAUGGAAUACUCGCCCGUAUAAAUGAAGAUGUAUCGCAGGUCUUAUCGUUUGGACAAACGUCAAGCGCUUGCUUUCAUAGUAGCGGACCGUUUGUUUUGCUUUCUAAUUCUUUAUUCUCUAACAUGCUUUAUAUCCAUAUUGAUGACACGCUCUUUGACGGUUAAUCUAUAAAAUUUAAUCCUAUCUACAUCAUCUAAUCUAUUUUAUGCGAUUGCCCUCUUUUCUCAAAAAGUUUUGUUUUAAUCCUUGUCCGGUUUAGAUCCUUUUUAUUAAUCCUCGUCUUUUACGGUUGCUUUAUAGUCCUUUUGAGGUCUAAGCUUUUUUCCAUUAUGAUGUUUUGAAUAUAGAUUAUGUUUCUCGUUUAUAUUCUAUAAUUUUGAUGCUCUCUUUUGGACGAUACAAGCCAAUAUGGAUUAUGGCCAAUGUACGUCUUUUCUCUCUGUUUUUUUUAAUAAUGACCUUUGAUUUUGAAUAUGUUCCAUUAGUUUAGCGCUAUAACUUUUGAUUUAAUGAUAGCAUUUUCAAUUAAUACUUGAUUUACGAUAUGAAAUUGAUGAUAAUGAGUUUUGAUAAGAAGUUUUAUAGAGCAUAGAGUAGUAAGAAACAAAUAAAGUGAGCUUUUAUUUAACUGAAUGGUUAGAUGCUACUACCUAGUUUAUAUUUACGAAUUACAUAUUACUUUG